AGCUUUCUGAAUCUGGCUAGCGCCACGGAAGAAUCGCUUCAGGAUCUCUGCAAUGCUUCCGACCCUGCAAGUUUUGGUCUGGAAAGCAAGGACACGUUCGAUGAAUCAUAUCGUAAAGCAAAGAAACUAGAUUCCACCCAAUUCGCUUGUACUUUCGAUCUCCAAGCUGCAGGCAUACUUGAUCGAGUACAAAUGGACCUUGUCGAGGGAUGCAACGAGAGUACGAAGGUUCUGCGCGCUGAACUGUACAAGUUGAAUGCCUAUGCUAAGGGAGACUUUUUCAAAGCUCACAAGGACACCCCUCGUUCCGAGAAUAUGAUAGGUUCUCUGGUCAUUGUCUUUCCUACCGCCCACAAAGGUGGCUCCUUUGUUUUACGUCAAGAUGGCCAAGAAUGGACCUUUGAUGCUGUACAGAUGCUUUCCGACAGUACGCCCGAGGUCCCAGUAGUCUCGCAUGUUGCUUUCUACGGCGACGUAGAACACGAGGUUCACCCCGUAACUUCAGGCGUUCGUGUGACAUUGGCGUACAAUCUUUAUCUCGAAGACAAACCUAACUUGACUGCCAAUGCGCCUAGUGAUCCCACAACCGACAUCGUGAAGACUGCACUCCAAACCCUCUUGGCAGACGAAGCAUUCCUUCCGCGAGGGGGUCUCCUAGGGUUCGGCCUGCGUCAUCAGUAUCCCUUUGCGAUUUCAAAAAACCGCGGAAUGAAGCCUAAAAUCGAUGAAACGGGGCGGAAUCGACUUCGCCAAUUGGCGGAUAGCCUAAAAGGCAACGAUGCCAAUAUCUUACGAGCCUGCCGGGACCUUGGCUUGGACGCGAAUAUCCGCAUUUUGUAU